AUGGUAUUCGAAUCCCUGUCUUGUCUUCAGAUCAGAUCUGGGUUGGGUUCUUAUGUCACUGGCGACUAUGGGUUAGGGACCAUCGAAUGCAACGGUGUCGGUGCUGCCCCGUCGGCGACACUGGCGGAGUUCACUCUCGGCACCGGCAAGCAGGACUUCUACAAUGUGAGCCUCAUCGAUGGCUGCAACCUGUCGAUGAUAGUGGAAGGGAGCGGUUGGUCAAGAAUGUGCGCGUCGACGGGCUGCACGGUGGAUCUGAACCAGGGCUGUCCAACAGAGCUGAAGGUAGGAGACGACAGCGUGUGCAGGAGCGCGUGCGAGGCAUUUGGGAGCCCGGAGUAUAGUUGCAGCAGCUCGUACAGUACACCUGCCAUCUAA